GUUCAUUUUUCCUACCUACAUCUCUCAUUUUGGGGACCAAAUUAUUAAAAUUUACAUCGACUGGGAAUAAGAGCACUUUCCGGACUUUAUUCCCGGCCGUGUCAAAUUGUGGUUUUAUAAUAUCUUGCCUGAAAAGUGCUGGUGGGUGUGUCUCAUAAGCUCAACGAGGCAGUCUCGAAAUUGUAAGAUCUGCCCCUCCCUCAUCCACCCCACUACAAAACAACAUCUACCACAGAAACCAAAACUCGAGAUUAAGAUGGAGAGCUUCGAAGAUAUGCAAAGUCGGCAUCGGAAGGAGCAAAAAGAUUUGCAAGGGCGUAUAACACAAAAGAAGAAAGGCGCAUCAAAGAAGACUCGCAAAGGUGUAAACAAUGAGUGCGAGGAACUAGAACGACAAUUGAAGGAACGGCAAGCUCAAGAGAUAGCAUCUUUGGAUGGAGACAAUGUUCCAGAUAUCGAUGAUGUUCCAGAGCUUGACGCGGAAGCUUCAGGAGCUUCUGCGAAUGCGACUGACGUAAAUGGUGUCAACAAUAUUACGGACUCUUUAGAAAAAUCCUCGAUCACGGAAACAGCACAAUCUGAGUCGGGACAGCCUAAAAAACGCAAUAGGCAAAAGGAAAGGCUUGCACGAAGAGCGGCAGAACAAGAAGCUGCUGUAGAGGAAGCUAAGAAGGAAGCCGCGAAUAUGCCUGAUGAAAGAGAAGUCGAAAGGAAACGAAUGCAGGAGGAAUUUACUUCAAGAAGUUUACAGGAGAAACAAAUCAGACCAGACGGACAUUGCCUUUUCUCUGCUAUAGCCGAUCAGUUAUCACAAGCUGGGAUACCUCUUGGAGCCGAAGCAGAAGGAUUGAAGGACGAUCAGCGUUACAAAGUGGUCCGCAAAGCAGCCGCAACAUAUAUCGAAGGACACCCAGAUGAUUUUGUCCCAUUCUUAGACGAACCCCUCGAGAAAUACGUUUACAAAAUUAGAGAUACUGCGGAAUGGGGUGGUCAUUUGGAGCUUCUUGCGCUCGCAAAGACAUAUAACGUUGAGAUUUGUGUGUUACAGAAUGGAGCUGCCCAGAAGAUUGAGCCUGGAACAGACAAGCCCGAGACGAUUCAUCUGGCAUACUAUCGACACGGAUUUGGAUUGGGCGAGCAUUAUAAUUCUCUUCGGAGAGCACCAUAAAGACAUCAUAACUAAGAAGCA